AUUUAUAGCCUCGUCGCGGUCACGUGACCCCGCCGUGCAGCGCACGCCCCCUGGUUGUGAUUGUAUCGCGCUCGCUGCAGAUGACGCACUGACUGAGCUUCAGUGUUGUGAAGAUGGCUCCCUUUCCAGACGAGGUGGAUGUUUUUACUGGUCCACACUGGCGGAUGAAGCAGCUGGUGGGCUCAUACUGCGAAAAGCUGUCAAAAACCAACUUCUCCAACAACAAUGAUUUCCGCUCAUUUCUUCAGUCCCUGUGCGCCACCUUCAAGGAGUUCAAGAUGCAUGAGCAAAUAGAGAACGAGUACAUCAUCGGCCUGUUGCAGCAGCGCUGCCGCACUGUGUACAAUGUGCACUCAGACAACAAACUCUCUGAGAUGUUGUCCCUCUUUGAGAAGGGGUUACACAGCGUUAAGAGUGAAUAUGAACAACUGAACUACGCCCGGCAGCUGAAGGAGAGACUGGAAGCUUUCACGCAAGACUUUCUGCCCCACAUGAAGGAAGAAGAAGAGGUGUUUCAGCCUAUGCUCAUGGAGUACUUCACCUAUGAGGAGCUCAAGGACAUCAAGAAACAGGUGAUAGCGCAACACUGCAGCCAACAGCAAUGGGACUGCGCUGCCGAGGUGCUGAAGGGUUUCACUCUGUGGAGCCAGGCUGAGGAGCUGCAGAAAGCCUUUAAAUAUGCCGAUCACGAGAAGACGGAUUACGAACUGGAAAAGAACGGAAAUUCUUCAACCCACAUCUCGCAGCUUCCUACAGAAAUCAUGCUGAGGCUCUUCCACUAUCUGGGCCCUGAAGAUCUGUGUCGCUGCAGUCAAGUGUGCAGCUCCUGGUCAGAACUGGCCAAGACCGGCUCUCUGUGGAGGCACCUCUACCCUGUGCGCUGGGCCAGAGGUAGGCUGCUAAUUGCUGGUGAUUAUUAUAGUGGACCUCCCGGAGAUCUGGACCAGGACCCUGAUGAGGACUGGGUGAAGAGUCGGGAGAAUGAAGGUCGGGCCUAUCAGGAAUGGGAUGAGGAUGCUGAUGUUGAUGAGUCUGAUGUCUCGGGCCACACGCAGGGCUCUCUGGCAAUCAGCACUGCUAAGCGAGAGAAGAGGCUCCUGAAUGGGCUUAUCCAGAACCUCCUGCCAGCUGUGGGUCCAUCUGUGAAGUCAAUUGUUCUGGCGUACAGUUCUACAGUCUCCAGUAAAAUGGUGCGUCAGAUGCUCAGUCUUUGCCCCAAUAUCACCCACCUUGACCUGACCCAGACUGAUGUUACAGAUUUUGCAUUUGACAGCUGGUCAUCUCUCGGAGGCUGUCUCUCUCUGGAGCACCUCGAUUUGUCGGGUUGCGAGAAGAUUACUGACCACACUCUGAAGAAACUGUCUAUCGGGCUGGGUGACCUCACAUCUUCCGUCUGCUCCGACAAACCCUCAAACCGACGAGCCAGGCUCUUUAAAAGUUCUCCUAUACCCAUCAAGCUCAUGGAAGAGCGGAAGCUACACCCAGUGGGGCGGAAGCAGCAGGCCAUCAUUUUCAAGCAGGGGCCCGGACGUUGGGGCGCCGCCUGCCCCCCCACGCGAGUCUGGGUCUUGGACACCACGGACCUCGCUGACAUCGAAGACGCCGCAGAGUGGAGCCGCCGCGACGGGAUGCCUCUGUCCGAAGCGGAAAGCUUCGUAGAGGCACAGCUCGUGGGAGGCUCGUGCUGUUGCAGGAGGAGCAGGAGGCGCGGGCACAGGACUGGCUCGAACGCCUCCUAUUUGCACCAGCAGUACGCCAUGCAGGGGGAAAUGUUUUGUGGUCACUCCACCUGCUGCACUAGCGACGUGGCCCUCAGGACUAUUACUGGGCCACAGUGCGAGUCAGGCAGCACCAGAAGCAGCACUGCAGAGUUGCGGACUAAAUGCUCCUCAUUUGGGGCCCUGCAGUGUCUGGGGCGCCUAAACAGGACUGACAAAUCAGAGGCAAAGCGCUCGCUGAGGUUUCUCAGCCUCUCUGGAUGUUAUCAAGUCACAGAUCUGGGCUUACGGGCUCUGUCGCAGCGCGGCGGGCUUCCUGCCCUGGAGCAUCUCAACUUGUCCGGCUGCCUCCUCAUCACUGAGGUGGGGCUGCAGGAGCUGGUGUCAGCCUGUCCUUCCCUCAAUGAUGAGCACUUCUAUUACUGCGACAACAUCAACGGUCCUCAUGCAGACACGGCCAGCGGCUGCCAGAACCUGCAGUGUGGUUUCAGGGCCUGCUGUCGCUCUGGAGAGUGAUCCCGCCGAGCAAAAAACCAACUUCUAAAAAAAAAAAAAACGAAAAAACAAACAUCACGUCUCCUGUUUAUUGCACUUUAUUCUGGGAAUACCGGUUGCUGUAUUUUGUGUCACUCAGAAAGAGAAAAAAAACCUCAAAUUUUGCUCCCGAUAUUUCCCUUUCCAUCUAUAUUAAAUGGAAAUAAUCUUUUAGAAAAGGAAAACACAAACAAAAGGGGUGAUAUUGGAUUUGAAGUGUCUCAAAAUGUAUGUUGUGGUUCUUUUUUUUUUUUCUUUUUGGGGUGGGGGGGGGUUAAAAACUUUUAAAAAACUAGAGAAGCGUAAACACCAAGUACUUGUAUGUUUUCUGUAGUUAACCCUGUUUCCUUUCUCACUAAAACUUUACUGAGUUACAGAAGUCUUCUUCUCCCCCUGCUGUGUUUAGUUGAUUCAUUCAUAAUCAGCAUAGCGUAGACUGACCUACGUGCAUCACAGAGUGAUGUUCUCCUUUUUUUUUCUUUUUUUUUAAAGAAGCUUUGUCAUUUGUUUUUAGAGGUUGAUGUGGGAAAUGAAACAGGCGUGAACUGAGCUGCCUCCCCUUUAUAGACGGCUGUCAUCUCGUUAACGGUUACGGGUCGGAACUGUAUCUGUGUUUUCAUACCUUGAUGUUCAGUUCACUGCUGGUGCGAGCUCGGCCACCGUUAAGUUACUGAGACACCAGUAAAGCAUGUACACAGCAUAGGAACUGGUACAUGAUGUUGCAGUAUAGUCUUAAACAUUUUGUCCAACUUAGUGGAACCAGAUUGUUCUUAGUCACCAAAACAAGCUUUUUAUUUUUCUUUAUGCACUCCGACAUUGUGGCUGAAGAAA